GACGGCCAUUUUGAAUUUCAAGAUGGCUGACAUGAUAGUGGUCAGAACAAAUGCUACCAAUGUAUUUCUGGUUCAGGUAGGUCAUGGGAAUAUAUGACCAAAAUUAUAUUAACUUGAGCAGGUAGAUUCAAUGUGAGGUGUUAAAAUAUGUUAACAUUAUCGGCAAUAGGAAUUGAUUUAUACAUUUGGAACCUAUAAGGCAACACACAACUGUUAUUUCAUACGUUGUCCGCUGCGAAUAGUUACAGGGAUCGUUGGCAAACAACAGGUGACAGUCUACUGGAAUGGUGGUGGUGCAGUAAACCCAGAGGUUGACUUUUGGUUCUGUGUACAAUUUGAUGCUGAUGCCCAGUAGUUAUCAUCAGUGUCAGCGUCAAUGUCUUUCCUGGUGUCUAACUGCACAUGCACGAAGGCUAAUGUGAUUGAUUCACCCGCAUCCAGGCCUUUCGAUCGGAGUAUUUAUACUCCAUUAAAUUCAAUAUGGCGGAGGUGGGAAGGUGUGUGUCCCGUCAUCGUGACUAUGUGGAUCUACAAAACAAAGCUGGCUAUGACACGGCACAACUUGAAACGAAUCCGUCCACUCAAGACCCUGAAAAUUCAAAAGGCUCACAGGAUAAUAGCAACAUGUCAAGCAACCCGGAACAGUUUGAAGUCGAUAUUAACCACUAUGAACUGUACACUGUUAUUGAAGGAGAUUUUCUGGGCCAAUCAGUUGGAUCACAGCAGGAUCCUCAAUCAUUACACUAGCUUCAUACACAACCACGAGCUGUGGGUCAUUAUGCCCCUUAUGGCCUUUGGGUCGGCGUGUGACCUGAUUCACGCCUACUUCAUCACGGGUCUGUCUGAGACAGCUGCUGCGUACAUCCUGCGGGACACGCUACUGGCUCUGGAGUAUCUCCACAGCAACGGCAUCAUUCACAGGGGAAUUAAAGCCAGUCACGUGCUGAUCGCAGCCAAUGGUAAGAUCUGCCUGUCUGGAAUGCAGAUGGCGUACUCGAUGAUCCAAGAUGGUCGCUGGUUACACACCGUUCACGAUUACCCGAGUCACGCAAUUCCUUGUCUGCAGUGGUUCAGUCCAGAGAUUUUAGAACAGAAUCUGAGUGGCUACGACACAAAGUCGGACAUCUACAGUGUUGGUAUUCUCGCCUGUGAGUUGUGCAAUGGACAGGCUCCAUUCUCGGACAUGCCCGCCACACAGAUGUUAUUGGAGAAGCUGAAUGGUACCAAACCGAUGCUGGCAGAUUCCACAACACUUCACGAAUUUACGACAGAUUGUGAAACAGAUGAGCAGAACGCCAUUAUCUUCAACCGGACAUUUACACCCCAGUUUCACGAUUUAGUCUCACUCUGCUUAGAGAAAGAUCCAAAUCAAAGACCUAGUGCUACGACUUUGCUCACUCACCCAUUCUUUAAGAAUCUGAAACGGAAGACCAACGACAUUUUACCGAACCUUCUACACCCAGUGAAACCUCUUACAGACAUCAGCAAGUUCCUUAAAGAUGACAAGGCAGUGGCUGCUUUGUCUGAUCAGGUAGCAGAAAUCCAAGUGUCUGAAGACUGGGACUUUUGAUUGGUUGUCUGCAGAUUUAUUUUUAAAUAUCAGUACCUCUGAUUGGUUAUUUUGCAAAAGUAUUUUCUGGCAAACUGAUAAGCUGUUAACUUGCAGCUUUGAGAUGACCUGGCCUCAUAUGAAGAACACAAUUGAGGGGAGAUCCAUUUUAAAUUGCAGGAUGCAUGAGGCAGAAUGGUGCUAGUUGUUAUUUAUUAUGAUGCAAUAAAGGAGCAUUUACAAAUGUUGUCAAAGUAAAAUGUCUUUAAGAGUAAAAUGAGCGAAUGUUUAAAUGAUCCUUGUACUGUACAGUGUACCCGAUAUUGUGAGAGUAAAAUAAGUCUUUAAAGAGUAAAAUGGGUGACUGUUUAAAUGAUCCUUGUACUGUACAGUGUACCCGAUAUUGUGAGAGUAAAAUAAGUCUUUAAAGAGUAAAAUGGGUGACUGUUUAAAUGAUACCUAUACUGUACAGUGAACACAAUAUUGCGAGAGAAAAAAAAAAAGUCUUAAAGGUAGACUAAACUCCAGCAAGAGCCUUAUGUGUUGGAAAGAUGCAUACCCGGACCACCAACACAUACUGACACUUUAACUAAUGAAAAACGCGUAAUU